AUGUUUAAGGGAUCUCUACAAAAAAUUUUAAGAUCAACGGCACUUCGUGCAACUAUGAUAAGGGUACCAUUGAGAACCAUUUUUCCAAAAUCACCCACCGUUCAUAAGUAUUUAAGGACGUAUUUUUCAGUAAGAAACUAUUCAAUAACUACAACAAAGGGGGAUGUGAUCCCUGAUGAAGUCAUAGAUUUACCUCUACAAAUAUACCAUUCAGAAUCAGAUCUAUUCUUGGAGAAUCUUAUGGACAAAUUGGAGCUCUUGAGCGAGACCGAUCCGGAUAAAUGGGGCACUGAGUUGGAGCUGAGUCAUGGUGUAUUAACCAUUGAUAUUCCAAGUUUGGGUACCUACAUCAUUAACAAACAACCUUCCAAUAAACAGAUAUGGAUGUCAUCACCUGUGUCGGGACCAAACAGGUUUGAUUAUUAUCAUAAAAAAUGGAUUUCUUUAAGGGAUAAUGAGCACUUAAUAGAUAUAAUCAAUAGAGAGUUCAGUGGCCUUAUACCUGCUGGCCAUAGUCUUUAG